UGUGAAAUCGUGAUUGAAACAGAUUGUAGUACUAAGUCCACUGGGUCGCGAUGGCAACUGAGCAAGUUUUGCUGUUCAGUUAAAGAAAGUCCUAUGGCAAAAAGGAAAGGAGAAGGGAAGAGAGGAACUCGGAUAGUUUCGUCAACGAGCCACACUUCAUGUGAGAAAUACUCGAAUCGGUUUUCGGAGUGAUAUAUAUAUAUAAAAAUGUCCCAGGGAUGUACUGUUUCUGUGGAGGAGAUCCAGUCUUGGUGGGAAGUCCCCGCCAUAGCGCACUUCUGCUCACUCUUCAGGACGGCGUUCAACUUACCAGACUUUGAAAUCGAGGAGCUGGAAGAAGCGCUGCUGAAACAGGACAGAGACUUCCUCUCGGAGCUUGUCUGCUGUCUCCUGCAGGGAUGUUACCAGCGAAGCGACAUAACGCCUCAGGCUUUCCGCAGAUACCUGGAGGACAUCAUCAACUACCGCUGGGAGCUGGAGGAGGGAAAACCAAACCCUCUGAAGGAGAGAUGUUUUGAGGAGCUCUCGGUCCGCACUCAGGUGGAGAUCCUGCACAGGCUGUGCGACUACCGUUUAGACGCCGCCGACGUCUUCGAUCUGCUUAAGGGCCUGGAAGCAGACAGCUUGCGUGUCGAGCCUCUGGGUCAGGAUGGACAUGGUGCCCUUUACUGGUACUUCUACGGCACUCGCCUGUAUAAAGAAGAACCCGUCAAGAAGACGACCUCCGAGUUCGGUGAAUUCUCUGAAAUGAGAGCACCUGAGAAAAAGCGCCGGGGAAGACCACCGAAAAAUAAGCAUGAAGAUUUGUCACCAGUUGAGAUUGAAUCUCCGAAAGAGGAAGAGAAUAGAGAGGAAGAGCCACAGCUGACUAAAGUGCGUGAGCGUGGAACCUGGUCUCUGGUGUGUGAAAAUGAAGAGCAGUGGACCAGGCUGACUGAAAGCAUUAAGGACAAAACCUCUCCUCAGGACCGGCACCUUUUUCGCAUCAUUACCCAGAACUUCCUGCCUGAGAUCAGCAGCAUGAUUGAGCACAAGGAGAAAGAGCAGCUGCAGAAAAUGUUGAAUCCUCCUGUACGAAACUCUCUGAGGCUUUCUGACAAGCACGUCGUAAAUAAGGAGGAGGCUGUUUCUGAGGUAGAUCUGAAACAGAGGGAGGAGGACAUGGAAAGGCAGGCCUUACUUGCCGAACAGCGUCGAGAAGAGGAACGGAUCCUCCAAGAGGAGCGCGAGAGAGAGGAGCUAGAGCGGGCAAAAGCAGCAGAAGAGCGAUCUCGGAGAAGAAAGCAGCGUGAAGAGAGGGCGUGGCUGCUGUCUCAAGGGAAGGACUUGCCGGCUGAGCUGCUCCACCUGGAACCCCACUCGCCCGUCCGGCGUACUCGCCGCACCAAUGAGCUCUAUGAUAUCGAUGACGACUAUGCUGCUCUCUACAAAGUGCUGGAGGCUGUGAAGGCUCACAAAGACUCUUGGCCCUUCAUGGAGCCUGUGGAUGAAUCCUAUGCCCCUAAUUAUCAUGAAAUCAUUCAGACGCCAAUGGAUCUGUCCACCAUUGAGAGAAAGUUAAACGAUGGAGAGUAUGUUACCAAGGACGAGUUCAUAGCUGAUAUGAAGCUCAUGUUUGAGAACUGCCUGGAGUACAACGGAGAGGGGAGCGAGUACACGAUAAUGGCAGAGUCCCUGGAGCGCUGUUUCAGCAGAGCCAUGCUAAAACACUUCCCGUCAGAAGACGGAGACACAGACGAAGAGUUCCAGUUGAGCAAGGAGGACCGCGACCGUGAGCGAAAGGACAAGAAGAAGAGUAAGAACAGUCGGCAAUCGGGUCCCGACAGCUUGAUCCGGGCCACGGAUGCUUUGCAGAAACGCAAAGCAACUAGUGGCGGUAAAGGAGGCAACCAGCCCCAGGAGAACGGCUCCAAAUUUGGACCACUUGGUUUCCAGUACAGCAACGGGCCUACACAUCCUCACAUGAACACAGGACCGCCUCGCCCUGGGAACGAUCCACUGCAUGCCAUGUACCAUCCAUCGCAACAGCUCCAGCGGCACCAAGGUCCCCCAGGACCAGGAAUGUAUGGCCAUGGUAUGAUGAUGGACCCCAGAUAUCCAUACCCAGGACAGAGACCUCUCAUGGGUAGAGGUCCAGGAGAGCAUGGCCCACAACACAUGCCUCAUUAUGCUAUGCAGGGCCCACCUACAAAUGGUCCACACUUUGGUCCGAGAUACCCAAUGGGGCCCGAUUCUCGUCACCUUCAGCCUCAAAACCAACAACAUUCCUACAUUGGCCCCACUCAUGGCCCAUCACUGGGACCAAGACCAGUCGCCCUUCAGUCAGGAGGACUAUGUACCAAUCCAUCUGAAGGCGAUAUGUAUCGACCUCACCAUCACCCAGAUGGGCAGCCCAUGCAGCCCAUGGGAAAUGGCUACCCUAGACCCCUGCACAACUCCUUCACUCCUUAUGGACCUCCACCUGCUCCUUACGGUUCUUGGCCAGGCUCAAACCAGCAGCAGCUUGGGCGACCAGUGAUGCCGGAACAGGCUAUGGGUCAGCACCCAUAUGUUCAUGGCAUGAUGCGUCCCCCACACAGUGCUGGAUAUCCCCCUUCUAAUGGCCAAUACAGGAUGUCAGCAGUUAACUCCCAGGGACCCAUGCCCCACAGACCUCCCAUGGCCCCUCCAGAGCCCAGACCACAUGUGGGAUCAAUGAUGGAAAGCCCUGAGAUGAUUGCCCUGCAGCAACUGUCAGCAUCAUCUUCUCGCCUCAGCGUUGGAGGUUACCAGCCACCUCCAGCAAGGAAUUCUAAUAUGGCAGCAGCUCCUGAAAGCCAGAACACAAGGUCUGCGGAAUAUAGUCAAGGUGCUGACAGUAUGUCAAAAGGUUUAGGUGUGGAACUAGCAAAUAAACAGCAGAGUGAGGAGUCCAAUUGCUCACCUCAUCCUGGUCCAGCUAUGGUCCCCGAACAUCCCAAUGGUGCCCAGCAGAGCCCUAGUGCCACAGUGUGGGGUGGUUCACCACAGAAAACAUCAGCAGAGCUUGCACAAACUGUGCUAUCCACACCCAAAAAAGACAGACCACAGCUGGAAGGAGAGAACACUGGAGAAGGCAAUCGGCCCAUACAAACUAGUCCUGUCUCUCAGACGGGACCCCAGUCUGAAACCCAGUCACAGAAAUAUCAGGAUUCCUCACACCCUUCUAAUAAUGGUCCUGUGAAAAUCACUCAGAAAACCUCAGAUCUGUCAGAACAAAUGUCUUCCACCCAUGGCCCACAGAAUAUUCCUGAACGAAUGCUGCCAAGUAACGCUCAACAAGUUUCUCCAGGUGUAUCUCCUCAGUACCCUCACAGCGGGACACUACACAUGUCUUCCAAUUCUCCUCACCAGCAGAUGCCCCAAAAUGGACCUAUCUGUGGUCAACAGCCAGGACCUGUCCAUGGCAUGCCACAGUCUGUUCCUCAAGGGCUACAGCCAGGUGCCCAACACCCUGCUACUUUAACAUCACUGCCCCCCAGCCACCCUGUUUCCCAACCUCUUGCUCAGCCCUCCCCUGCAGAACGUGGUGACCAGAGACCCAGUGAACCUACCCGGGAGCCUGAGGGAAGCUCUGGUGGUCCCAAUUCCGAUAUGAAGAAUGCCCUUGCCAACGGCCAGUACAAACAGCAGCCUUUUAGCCCAGAGUCACAAACCCAGCUAAACAGGCCAGAACAGGCACCGCCACACGGACACACACCACCAAAUCAUCCUCAUGGUCCAGAGAGCAACACUAUGGCUCAGUAUGGCAUGGCCAGUCCAAAUUAUAGCAAGUACAUGGGCAGACCCGUACCCCCAUCUGCUCAUCUGCCUUACCCAAAUCAAGCACCACAGUCUCAGUCAAUGAGCCCUCAUCAUAAUUCUGCCCAUUACUCUCCAUAUCAGCAAGGUGGAGUGUAUCAGUACCACAUGGGUCCACAGCACCCUCAGGCCCAUCCCAGCAUGCAUGCUUCAUACCAACAGCAACAGCAGUACUAUCCCCAGCACCAGCAAAACAGCAGGCCUGGUUUCCCAGCAAGAGAAUGGCCUAGAGCUCAGUACCAGCCUCAUCCCCCGAUGAUGCCCAACACUUACCUACCUUCUGCAAGUGCUGGCAUCAAUGGUCGGCAGAAGGAGAACACCAUGUCUCCCCUUGGUUCAGAUGGUUCUAGUGGGAACGUUAUGUCUCCGAAUCUUCUCACUGAUGGGUCCCAGGGCAGUUCCACUGAGAAUCAGGAGGGCGCUACCCCGGCAAAACAGGCACGGACUGAGGACAACUCUGAUCUGCCUGAAAGCCCAAAAGAGAUACUGGAUCUAGACAGCCACAAUGCUGCAGCCCACCGCCGCAACACUGCUCAGCCCCAACACAACUACCCCUAUGAUCCACGGGCCAUGCAUUCCAGCAUGCAACAGGGUGGAGCUCACCAACCUCACAGUGUGCCAGGUGGACCAUACUCCAGGCCUCAGAACCCAAGUGGACAUUAUGGUCCUCACAAUCCUCACCCGCACUUGAUGGAGGCGCUGCAGCGGCCCCAGCACCUGCCCUACUCUCCGGGACAGACUAUGUACCGUCACCCACAUGGUACAGGACACUUUCAAGGCAUGAUGUUGCAUCAGAGAAGCAUGAUAUCUGAACACUUAUAUCAUCCACGGCAACACCUGAUGAGUGCAGCAGCUCCCAGUGGUCCUGGCAGUAAGCAGGGAGUGUGAAAGGUAAUGGACAAAUCAAACAGUGAAGGCUGAGCAGAGACCUGCACCAUUUCCUGAACUUUUCUGAUGCUGGGAGAUGUAUCUGUGUGCUUUUUUGCCUCGUUUCUUGUCAUGGAAUGUACAGCUUCCUCUGGACGGCACAGACGAGCUCUGGGCCUUUCCCCCUCUGAUUAACGCUCAUCAGUACAGAAAUGUGGUCGGGACUGCAGCUUGCCCUCUCUGUAUAUACGCUCCCUACGUUUGAGAGCUUCUGCACUUUGGUGGCGAGUACUGACCCUCUGACCUGUAGGAUUGUACAGCUCACAGGAUCCUCUGCAUGCACGUCUACACGGAAAGACAUCGGGAGGGUUGCUCCAUGUUCCUUUCCAAAGUUAAACUCAGGUGUUGAACAGAAGGUACUUGGAGGCGUCUCCAUUCCCCACAGACACACUGGAAACCGUUGCCUUUUGAUCGUCGUUGAGUGUGUGUGUGUGUGUGUGUGUGUGUGUGUGUGUGAACGAACACUAAUAUAGAUCACCGAGUGGAGAAAGUGGAUCAGCUGACUCUGCUCUCCACCUUUUCAGACUUUUCAUGUAGUCCUGCAAUAUUUUACCUUGCGUUCACUCUAGCAAGUGACAGAGGCAUUCGUUCAUCUCCUUUGUACCUGCGUGACAAUGAGCCACUGUUUCAGUGACGGUAGCAAAUGUGAUUUUUUUUUAAAAAAAUUUCCUCUUCCAGUCGUAUUCAAUUUAGGUAAGACGCGUUAAAAUCGCAAAACAACAAAUCACGUCACAUAGUCCGUUUCCUCGCGCACUGUGAUUUCUUUUUCUUCUCACAUAUGACGUUUCAUAAAUUUGUAUAAGGACAUCUUGAGGAAACCUAAAUCUCAGAAGGAAUUAGCCGAGCUCCUUGGGUUCCCCUCGUGUGUAAAUGUAGCUGUAUCGUGCAAAUCGAACAUCAAUGCGCAAAUGCAUUUUUAAACAAGUCAUCAAUGUGUGUUUUAAAAACGCUGGGCGGUCGCAGGACACAAUAUCCAGUGACUCCAAUUUCCCACGGCCACAAGAGAGAAACCACAAAACGGCGUGAGCUAAUCGCCUGCUAGCGUGAACGUAACGUUUCGCAUCACUGCCUCAGCUCGUAGAAUGUCUUCGGACUCGGAGCGGCUCCUCUGCUCCUCUUUUAUGCACUAGAGAUAGUCUUUAUUACUGGAAUUAGUGGCCUUGAACUUAGACGUGCUACUGUGCGUGUGUGUGUGUAUGUAACGCGACUCAAUGAGAUGCUAGUUUGCGUAUGAAUCCACACGGUUGAACACGGAGAGGCUUUUCACUCCACUUCCUCUUUCUGCUUGUAUAUAUUUCACUAGGGUCUCCGAGUCUGAUUCCGAGUUUUAGCUGCUUGUGUUCGGGAAAAAUAAAAGCAUCGAUCUUCACAACUGUGACAUUAACUCUCACACGAGACGAUUCUUCAGAUUCAGUAUCGUCCGAUCCGGGAAAACGUUUUAACAUGUCGGUGCUUCCUCUUUCACACUAUUCGUCCUCAGGGUGUCGUGCUUUUAAUACGGGUAUAAAGAGAAUCAGUUCUUUGAAAGGGAAGUGACGAAGUGGGACUAGGACUGGAACUGUGACGAUUACUCGACCUCAGUUGAUGUGAAGACAGUAAUUUGUUUUUGUUUUUUUACCUUGAUUUAUAUGAUUUUGACUUUUAUUAAAUGUCUUUUUUUCCAGCCUUUUGUGUGGAUAAGAAAUAAUCUGGAAGCUGUGAUGAAUUGUGUUGAAAUGGUGUGUUUUUGUGAGGUUCUUUUGAUUUUUUUCUCAGAAGGAUAAGUUGGCAUUCUGUUUUUAUCGAUUCUUGCUGGAUUUUCUGUGUGUGUGUGUGUGACGAUGAGCUGUGUGUGUUUGUAAUGAUUCAGUCCCUGUUUUAUCUUCAUUUAGCUGUAACAUUUAAUAUUACCAGCCAGACCUGUGCUGAUUUCCACACCAUCUAUCUACCUCAUGAAGCUGUCUGGCGAGACUCUCUCUCUCUCUCCCUCUCUCUCUGUCACUAUCUAUCUAUCUUUAUCUCUCUUUAUCGAUCUCUAUCACUCUAUCUAUUGCUAUUUCUCCCUAUAUCACUCUCUUUCUCUUUCUGUCUCUUUCUCUCUCUCUCUCUCUCUCUCUCUCUCACACUCACACACACAUAC